AUGGCCAAGAGCAAGAACCAUACAAAUCACAAUCAAAAUCGCAAGGCUCAUCGUAAUGGUAUUAAAAAACCAAAGAGUUACCGAUAUCCAUCUCUCAAAGGGGUUGAUCCCAAAUUUCUUCGUAAUCAACGCUUUGCAAAGAAGGGUACCGUUGCUGCUCUGAAAGCUAAACGAGCUGCUAAGGCUGCAGAAGCCAAAUAG